AUGUCGAACAAGACUAGUUUGCCGUCUCCCACCCCACCCCCCGCUUCUCGAGGCUUUGGGUCUCGCGGCGUGGACGGUGUCGAUAUCCCUCCAGAACUUCGGGAUUACACAGGAAAGCUAUACCAGAAGGCUCUUGAUAAAAUUGCAUACAAAGCCUUGCUAGCAUCAGCCGCGCACGACAAAGCUUCCACUUCGUCGAAGCAUUCCGCAAAGUCUUCGCGCCGCCCUUCCGAGCCAGUCUCAGGCUCUCCGUCGACUCGCGUCAACAGCCCUUGUCUGAAGCAAGAGUUGAUCGAAAGGUUCUUCACCAAGACCAAGAGGAGCGAAUCGAGGAUGGUUUCUGAAACUGAUAAUCGUAAACCCCUCUCGACGACCUUUGGAUCGCCAAAGGCCUACUCUAUCUCUUCCGAAUCUCACGCAUGCACUGAUUGCGAGGCUCUGCGGCGCCAACUUGGCGACUCCGAGGCCGAGUGUGCCAUCUUAGCAUCUAAGAUUCAAGAGCUUGAGCGGGUUUUAGAGGUCUUCAAAGAAGAGGAUAGCUUCGACGAAGAGGCUAUGUUCGGCAAUCUUUCUUCCGUCUGUGGGGAGGAUCCUGGUGUCACUACUCUUGAAGAGGAACAACAUGUCUUGUCGGCUUCUGAAGAGGAGACUAUGUCCGAUGAAGCUAUUUCCGACGAAGCUGCGUCUGAUGAGGUAGUGAAUGAUGAGACGCAAGCUCCCGUGACAUCGACAGGAAGGUCGAUGUUCGAUCGCAUCACUAUCGGUGCGGAUGGCAAACCCGAGAGAGACAUGCCCCUAGGAGGCAUUGAAUACUGUAUUGAGGAGUCUGCGGAAGACUAUGAAGAUGAUGGAGAUGAAGCGAGUGAUGAGAAUGAAGAGGGGUUCGAAGAAGUCGAAGGAGAAGAUGGAGAGAAUAUCUCAUGGGAGACCGAGACCUCGAGCGUCGCCUCUGUCCUUUUUCCAUACAUCUCCGAAGCAACACCCUCCACUGGUUGCUCUACCCUCGUACCGAAGCAGGACAUUCCUAACGAUGACGCCGAAGAAAACCGCCUAGAUGACAAGUACUACGAAAACUCGGAAGUGGUCUCUGAAUAUGUUGACGCGAAGGUUUCCAGCCCCCCAAAAUCGACUCAGGCUAUCAAGCCAGGCGUUGACGCUGAGGACUGCGUCGUGAUUGACGCUACAGAAGUUCCUGCUGAUGUCGACAAGACCGUAGGAGAUCAGAUUAUGGAGAACGGAGAGGCCGCAGGCACCGUGAAUGCGGAGUCUAUGAUCUCUGCUGAUCACGUCCUGGGGGCUCAUACUUCAGAGACUCGGGGGGCUUCCGAGCCUUCAUCCCGUGAUGACGGCCAUUCUCCUUCUCCUUCACUACCACGCUGCGCCAAUCCCACCGCCAAAGCGCCCGACUCAAACCCAAAUCCUCCAAGCCCGCUCCGGCCCGCCGCCAGUUUCAGUUCAGAGGCCGUUGCUACAACUGCAACGAGCUUGGACACAGCCGCUCCCACUGCGGCGCCGGUCAUGAAGCCAGGCCUGUUGGAGGAAAAGGUUGAGAAAGCGUCCGGAUGGCAGGCAUUUGCGCAGGGGGUAGCGUUGGCUCCGUACAGCGCGGACCCAGCCAACGCCAACCAGCAGGUCAAGAAGAGCAAAUCUGCGGAAGGCAAGGCUCCGGAAGUCGUCUGGGGCAAGGACACUUUCAGCAGGAGGGGUACGAACGGGAAGAUCGUUGAGCGGACUGCUUAUUAG